CACACACAACAACAGCAACUUCAUAAGACAUGAAACAUCCGUAACAUUUACCAGCGCGCUUGACCAGAGCAUGUUUUCCGAUGUAAUGUAGCCUAUUAGACAUCAAAAGCAUACAUCUUAUAUAUUUUGGCUGCAUAAGAAGCAUUUGAAAUGGUGUCCUACAAGAGACUCACCCCCGAGGAGGUUCAUUUCUCCGGAGCUGCAUUAUUGGAUAAUGACGAGUCGACAGACGCGGAUCUAAAAGAGGGCGACCCAGAGCUGCCCCUGCUGCCCCAGAGCCCCCACUGUUCCAUCACUGCCGCCCUGCUGACCCUCGGGGGGCUCAUUGUUGUCCUCUCUGCCGUCUGGCUGCUCGGGACCAUAUUUUGGAUCCACAAUUCACCCUCCACAGAACCCCAUACGCCCCCUUCACCCAAAAGGCAAAAUGGGACAGGGCUGCAGCCAGAGUCCUGCUCUCAGGUGCCGGAAGGGUGGAGGUUUGACUGCUAUCCUGAAAGAAAUGUGGUGGUGACGGAGGAGAUGUGCCAUGCUAGAAACUGCUGCUUUAUUCAGAGCUCGCGGGGCAACGUUUCUGGACCGAAUGGAGUGCCGUGGUGUUUUUACACACCUGAUUAUCCGUCCUAUGAGCUGAUGUCUAUUGUUGAUACGGAGAUGGGGAAGGUGGGAAAGCUGCUCAGGAAUAAGAAGACGUACUAUCCCAAAGACAUUGAUGCUCUGCAGCUGGAGGUGCUGUUUGAGGAGGACCACAGGCUGCGUGUGAAGAUAACAGACCCGACUGAAAAGAGGUACGAGGUGCCUAUAGAUGUCCCUGUGGUUCAUAAAAGAGCCUCAAACCCCUCCUACACUGUCGACUUCAUCAAAGAGCCGUUUGGACUGAUAGUCAAGAGAACGCAGACUGGAACUGUACUGCUGAACACAUCCAUCGCUCCUCUGUUCUACGCGGAUCAGUUCCUCCAGAUGUCCUCAUCUCUACCCACACGUUUCAUCUACGGACUGGGUGAACAUCGCUCCAACUUUCUGCAUGAUGUCCAGUGGAACACUCUCACUAUGUGGGCUCGAGAUGUUCCUCCAAUGGAGCUCACCAACCUCUAUGGUGUCCACCCUUUUUAUCUUUCCAUGGAAUCUGAUGGAAAUGCACAUGGAUUUUUCAUGCUCAACAGCAAUGCAAUGGACGUGGUUCUGCAGCCUGCACCUGCUGUCACUUGGCGCAUGAUUGGUGGGAUCCUCGACUUUUAUGUUUUCUUAGGCCCGGAUCCCAGCUCUGUGAUUGGACAGUACCUGGAUGUCGUAGGAAAGCCUGCGAUGCCCAUCUACUGGGCUCUGGGGUAUCACCUGUGCCGAUGGGGCUACAAGACGAGCAACAAAACCUGGAAUGUUGUAAAAGAAAUGCGGAAUUAUGGGAUACCUCAGGAUGUUCAGUGGAAUGAUAUUGACUACAUGGAUAGAAGUCUAGACUUCACUUACGACCCUUCAGGCUUUUCCACCCUUCCUGACCUGGUGAAAGACCUUCAAAGACAUGAUCAACACUACGUCAUGAUUCUGGAUCCUGGAAUCAGUAACUCUCAGCCGCCUGGCGCCUACUGGCCGUUUGAUGAAGGGAAGAAGAGGGGCAUCUUCAUCAAUGACUCAAAUGGAGACAUCCUUAUUGGAAAGGUCUGGCCAGGACUGACUGCCUUUCCAGAUUUCUCCAAUCCAGACACUCAUGAAUGGUGGUACCAGAAUCUGGAGAGAUUUCACAACAAAGUGCCAUUUGAUGGCGUGUGGAUUGACAUGAAUGAGCCGUCUAACUUUUUUGACGGGUCAGAGAAUGGUUGUCCAGACAACGAACUGGAAAAUCCUCCCUACACACCAGGUAUUCUGGGUGGUACAUUAAAGGGGAAGACUGUAUGUGCAUCUGCACGUCAGAAGAUCUCCGUUCACUACAACAUACACAGUCUGUAUGGACUCAUGGAGGCACAGGCCACUGAAAGUGCUUUGAGGAGGAUCACAAAGAAGCGUCCCUUCAUUAUUUCCCGCUCUACGUUUCCCAGUCAGGGCAAGUAUUCAGGCCAUUGGCUCGGAGACAACAGGAGCCAGUGGAAAGAUCUGGCCACAUCUAUACCAGGUAUGCUGACAUUCAACAUCCUGGGCAUUCCUCUGAUCGGAGCAGACAUUUGUGGGUUUGGCGGCAGCACUACAGAGGAGCUGUGUGUGCGAUGGACGCAACUUGGAGCUUUUUACCCCUUUUCAAGAAACCACAACUCCAUUGACGAACAGGAUCAGGAACCAACUGCAUUCAGUCCUGCUGCUCGUACGGCAAUGAAAGAAGCCAUCCUGCUCCGCUAUUCCCUGUUCCCACAUCUCUACACACUCUUCCAUCACGCACACAUCAGCGGACACACAGUCGCCACACCACUGCUUUUCCAGUUCCCCACUGAUGAAAAGACGUACGGGAUUGAUAAACAGUUCCUAUGGGGGAAGAGUUUGCUGGUCACACCGGUUUUGGAGGCAGGGCGAGAUUAUGUUGUGGGAUAUUUCCCUAAAGGUCUCUGGUACGACUUUCACACUGGGAGCUCAUUGAUAAGCAGUGGAGAAGAAAUCAAGCUUCAGGCUCCAGCAGACAAAAUCAACCUGCAUCUCAGAGAGGGAUCAGUCAUACCGACACAGAGACCGAACACCACAUUAUGGGUGAGCAGCGGUCAGCCUCUUCAUCUGAUUGUGAGUCUGAGCGAGGACGGCCGGGCCAAGGGUGAUCUGUACUGGGAUGACGGAGAGACCAUUGACUCGUAUGAGAGCAAUCAAUACGCUUACAUCUAUUUCACAGUAGAACAGAACACAAUGAUGUCAGAGGUGCUGCAUAAUCAUGAAGAGGCUGCUUACAUCACUGUGGAGACCGUCUCCUUUUAUGGAGUGAAGGUGAAGCCAGAAAAUGUAACCGUGAAUUCGCAAGAGGCGGCGUUCACUUAUCUUGACAAUCAGGUGCUGACAGUAACAGACCUGGGUCUAAACCUCAGUCAUAACUUCACAAUCAGCUGGAUGUAAAAUGUGAAAAAUCAUCAAAGGCGUUUCAUAAUCGCAAGCUGCUGCAGAAAUCAAAAUCUUAACAUCUUUACUGACUUUAUCUCAAUACUUGGGCCGGUGUAAUUCAGGUUUAAGCCUGAGAUCAAACAUGAACUGGGAAAAUAUGACAGGUUAUUGAAUGUAUGCUGAAUUUCUCAUGUGAAGAGAUUAUUGCACUCAGAGGAGACGAAACCAGAGGGACUUGAUUAAAUGCAUUAGUUUGAUUUGUUGAGUGGAUAGACAUUAGUUUUUUAUAUUUGCUAUUAUAUUACUGCCUGUUAUUGCUGAUAUAGUUUCUAGAACAAACAAAAAAGGUAUUCUGUCCGUUUUAAGCAUUUUAAUGUUGAAUAAAGUUCCUUUUAUUAGAGUAGGCUUAUGCCACGCCAUUAAAAAUGUAUCAAGUUCAAUAUAAAAGGGUUAGUUCACCUGAAAAUUUAAAUUGACUCACUAUUUACUCAUCCUAAAGCAUGGGUCUCAAACUCGAUUCCUGAAGAGCCGCAGCUCUGCACAGUUCUGCUCCAACCCUAAUUAAACACAGCUGAUGCAAAUGAUCGAGAUGUUCAAAAGAGUCUCGAACACCUUGAUUAGUUGCAUCAGCUGUGUUUAAUUAGGGUUGGAGCAAAACUGCAGAGCUGCGGCCCUCCAGGAAUCAAGUUUGAGACCCAUGUCCUAAAGAGUUUUCAAACCUUUGAGUUUCUUUCUUCUGUCGAACAUAAAAGAAGAUAUUUUGAAGAAUGCUGGAAACCUGUAACCAUUAACUUCCAUAGUCGGAAAAACAAAUACCAUGGAAUUUAAUGGUUACUGGUUUUACUACAUUCUUCAAAAUAUCUUUUUUUGUGUCAGACGGAAAAAAAAACUUAGGCAUGCUUGAAAGGAGGGUAAAUGAUGAUUUUUGGGGGAACUAUCCCUUUAAUUUUGAACAUUUUUAUAAGAAUGCAUUGGACCAUCACAGCAGAUUUCUUCCAAAUGAUGUCAAUAUUAGGUUGAAUCGCAUAUAUGUAUAUUUUGUGUUACAAGCGUGUUUGCACUGUUCAUUCAGAUGUUGCAGAAAUGCAUGUUAGGAGCUUCAGUUAGUAAACAUUAUUUUUGUUGACAGGCUUGUAAUUAACAGUACGAUCAGCCAGUCCAAAAGCGUUCUUUUCAAUCGUGUAAAAUCAUCACUGUAGAGUAAAUCACUGUACAGUAUUCAUUAUAAUUCUGCAGUAUUUUGUAAAUUGCUACCACAUGCUGUCAACGUUGCUGUUUAUAACAUGACAUUGUGCCUUAUAUUUCAUCAAAGCUGUGAUUUUUCAACAUUCAGUGGCUUUACUGUGAAUGUAUAAAACCCUCUGUUAUAAAGAAACACUGGGCUGCUUUACAACUUUUAUCAAAAUGUAAUUGAAAAGUCUAAUGACUGAAGCUGGAAGGUACAUAUAUGGGGCUGUUUGAGGCUUCUUUUCUUGAUAUGACCCUAAAGAAACUGCUGUACAGAGUUUGGGAGGACAUGCAGGGUAGUGUGCAAUAAAAUAAAAUUAUGAAAAA